UUUUUUAUUUUCAAAUACUUUAUAAUUAAAAUACUAUUUAAAAUGACUGAUCGACAACAACAAAUAGACGGUAUUUUAUUGUCCUUAGCAACUUCAUUUGAAGGAGGUGUGCCUGAACUGUUCGACCAUGUCUUCUCUUUUCUUUCUCGAAAAACUGAUUUUUAUACUGGGGCAGCUACUUCCACAACCGCAAAGAAAAUUGUUUUGGAUGCUUUUGAAAAAUACGAAAAGACUUGCCAAGCCGAGGCUUUGGAGAAAUUGAAGCGGAAAGAGGCGGAAGAGAAAAAAUUGGCUGAAAGACGGGCUGCUCAAAAAGCUAAGGAAGAGGCUGAAUUUACUGAGACUAGCCGAAUUAAGGAAUUGACUGAUGAAGAAGCUGAACAACUUCAGAAAAAGUUGGAUGCUGAAAAAGCUAAAGAGAAAGCCACAGAAAUGCUUGAAAAUAACCUGAAAAAUAAUUCUGAAGAAAAUGGACAAAAUAAAGAAGAGGAAAAGUCUGACAAAAUCAAGCCAAAUUUGGGGAAUGGUUGUGAUUUGGAAAAUUAUCAAUGGACUCAGACACUUGGAGAGUUGGAAAUUCGUGUUGUUUUUAAAGGCAUUGGAUUUCCUCUGAAAGCAAAAGACGUUGUUGUUGAUGUUGGACGUAAACAUUUAAAAAUUGGACUUAAAGGAAAACAACCAUUAGUUGAUGGUGAAUUGGCUGAAGAAAUUAAACUUGAAUCGCUCAACUGGAUUAUUGAAGACAAGAAAAAUGUUGUUUUGAAUGUUGAUAAGGUAAAUGGUAUGCAUUGGUGGAACAAACUUUUACUUACUGACCCUGAGAUUGAUACUCAAAAAGUUCAGCCAGAAAAUUCAAAACUUUCGGAUUUGGAUGGUGAAACUCGUUCAAUGGUCGAGAAAAUGAUGUAUGAUCAACGUCAAAAAGAACUUGGAUUACCAACUUCUGAGGAAAAGAAGAAGCAUGAAAUUCUUAAAAAAUUUAUGGACCAACAUCCGGAAAUGGACUUUUCGAAUGCUAAGUUUACUUAA